AUGCAUCUUGACCGUAUUCUUCAGCUGAAUUUACCUUGUACCUGGAUAGAAUAUCCAGGAGUUGGUCCAGAAUUGAGCUACCUCAAAGAAAGUGGUCGUGCAGAAUUUUGGGCCGCAACUGAUGAAGAAGCUCUUGAUGCAUACGAUAGAUUAUGCAAGUUGGAGGGUAUAAUUCCAUCUCUUGAGGCCGCACAUGCAUUUGCUAUACUAGAUAAGUUGGUCCCUACUUUACCAAACGACAACAUUAAGGUUGUUAUAAAUUGUAGUGGGCGUGGAGAUAAAGAUGUAGAUAUACUCUUUAAUCGUAGGGUAGUACAUGAUGGAAAAUGA